UCUUUUCGCAUUGCGGAUGGGAGGUAAAUACACGUUUUAGCAGGUUGCCAAAAUCAGUGAUGCAAACAAAGCCUGAUAUACCCUUGCUCCGAUGAGGAGCCGGAGGCUACUGCAUUUGGCUCUGACUGGGAGAUGCACGCAGCACUAAACUCUCCACAUGCAGCGUCUGGAGAAUGCGGACAAGUGCUCUGGGCAUGGUUGGGAAUACAUUGACGGAUGUCCUUUGCAAUACCUGUUGAGGAGUGUGUGAACAUAUAUGAUCAUUUCGCGAGAUGUGUUUAAACGAUGCCGCACUGCUUUGCAAAUGUUCCACAAUUCAAGUAGAGGACUCUUUGCCUUUCUGCUGAUGGUGUUGGAGUGGACCAAACCAGGGCUAUCUAACCCCCUGCGUCCGAUCUGUGACCUGCGGGUCCUAAAACACUUCAUUGAAGAGGCCAGAGAUGCUGAGGCAGCCAUGCUGGCAUGUAAAGAAGGACGUGGUCUUGCAGAGCCCGUCACUGUUCCCCAAACCAAAGUAGACUUCAACGUCUGGGAGAGGAAAACUGCACUGGAGCAAGCUCAGGAGGUUCAGUCUGGCCUGUGGCUGUUAAACCAGGCCAUCGGCUCGCUACGAACGUCCGUCACCAACACAGAGCUGCACAGCCACAUAGACAACAGCCUCAGAAACAUCUUCACCAUCGGACAGGUGCUGCGCAGCCUCAACAUCCAGGAGUACACCCCUCCAGCAGGGGGCGUGGCUGGAGGUGAGGAGACAUGGCGGGUGUCGUCUGCUUCAGAGCUCCUCCAGGUCCACGUUAACUUCCUGCGAGGAAAGGUGCACCUCUUGCUGUCCAACGCACCCAUCUGCCACCAGGGUAGCAGCUGAUUGGGGCUCUCCAAGGCAGGGCUGAACUGAUUGGAGCUCCCUCUGGCAGGGGGGGCGGGCUCUUACACUAUUGACCCUGCUUGUUGCCAGGUAGAAAUCUAAAAGAGGAGAGUGUGUGGACCAGACCCUCUCAGGAGAGAAUGAAGCUAUGUGGACAGAAUAGUUCCUAUUGGACCUUUAAAAGAACAAGAGCAGGUAGCACCUUGUGAAUAUUGACAUGAGGGAGGAAUGUGAUGAGGAAGUCAACCACGAAUGGGGCCCAUAUAAUGCACCGCUCUACGGCUCUUCAGUACUGUGUGUGUGUGUGUGUGUGUGUGUGUGUGUGUGUGUGUGUGUGUGUGUGUGUGUGUGUGUGUGUGUGUGUGUGUGUGUGUGUGUGUGUGUGUGUGUGUGUGUGUGUGUGUGUGUGUGUGUGUGUGUGUGUGUGUGUGUGUGUGUGUGUGUGUGUGCUUGCCUGUGUGUUUUAGCAUGGACUGUGAGUUCUCACCGCCAAGCACUGGAUUGCACCUGAUGACACCUUGUUGGAGUUGUUCUGCACUGUACCUGACUGACAGCAUUGACAGCCUGUCAAAGUCCAGGAGGAGGAGGCCUAGCCUAUACCACAAACUUUUAAACUUCACCGCCCACCUCAUCCUUAACACACAACACUUUUCCAACUGCUGUUUAUUAGUGUCCUUAAAUGAAUUGUAUAUUGCUCUUUGUAAUUACUUAUUUAUAGUUCUACAUUUAAGCUUGACUCACUGUCAUGGCGAAAGUAUUCUGAGAGAUAUCCUGUAACUAUGAACUAGAGGCCGCCGUUGGGCUCCAACGGUUAAUCAUAAUCACUAUAUAACGCCACUGAACCAUGUUGUAAAGAUAUUUGUAUACGUCAAUAUCCAACUGUUCACUCCUGUCUGUUACCCUUCAUAGAAUAAAUGAUCUGUGUGUUUGUAUGUACUGUAUGUAUGUGCGAGAUAAUAUCUGUGUGAAUGACAGUUUUAUGCAACUCUUAUAACCCUAUUUGAACGGACUAGAGGUGGGAGAGACAGAAGCGGAGGUUCAGUCGGGUUGAAGGAGGAAAUGAUUGAGAGGAAGGGCUUACGUGAGAACUCUGAAGCUAUGCUCUGAUUAUCAGUGUGUCUGGCUUAUGCAGGCCAGUGCUCAACUAGAGCUUCGACACAGAUAGCAAGACUGCCAGGACAAAUAUUGAUUGGUUCUUAUGAUGAACAUCCUGCAUGCCUGUUUUGUCUCUCUUAUACCUUCCUUCAACCAGCAGCCAAUCAACCCGAAUCCUGGGAACCUUUGGAGUCGCUGACGUGGUGGAUGCUUUCACUUUUGGGAUUAGAUUUGUUCUCCUGGGUAGUUUUGCUUCUCGUUUGAACGUUUUACAGUCACAGUGCAGAUGUUUGUACAUGUUUUUGCCCUGUUUGUAUCAGUUGUUUUGCCC